AAUCGCGGUAUGCAUGCCUCUCGUUACGAAUGAAGUGUCCUGGGAACGGGAGGAGACGGGGGGACGCAGGAGAGAGGCAGUGAGCGAGAGAGAGAGAGAGAGAGAGAGAGAGAGAGAGAGAGAGAGAGAGAGAGAGAGAGAGAGAGAGAGAGAGAGAGAGAGAGAGAGAGAGAGAGAGAGAGAGAGGAGGAGCGAGAGAGAGAGAGAGAGAGAGAGAGAGAGAGAGAGAGAGAGAGAGAGAGAGAGAGAGAGAGAGAGAGAGAGAGAGAGAGAGAGAGAGAGAGAGAGAGAGAGAGAGAGAGCGUGCGAAGAUACACGUGGCAGUGGAGGUGCGGCGAGCGGCGCAAAAGGGGCGAGUGGCGCAAGUGGUACCUGGUAUCCAAUGAAGGUGCAUUCGUAGAACUGGAUGCGAGUGCCCUUCACCAUUAG